ACUACUCUUAAGGUAACUUUGAAGGUGGGGAACAUUGGAAGCUCUAUGUGUGUUUGAAUGUAGCUACAUUAUCGAAACAAAGCUGUUUUCCAGUCUAGUUACUGUACCUGGAUACAUUACUGCGGUGUUUAUGUUUAUGCCCUCUUUUGAAAGGUAAAAAUUAAAUCUAGUUGUAUGUUUCAGACAAAAAUGCAAUCAAUAAAAAUGAAUUGUUGUCUUUAAUGGAUAUGUGUAGAGUUGUACCAAAUCAAAUUCAAAGAAACUCGUGUACAAUUUUAAAAUGAAAUAAAACUAUUUAUACAUUACAAUAAAAAUUUUUUUUAUUAACUCAAAACCUUUAUGUGUUUAAAAUAUGUAAUUUUCAAUUUGUAUGUAGAUGGUUAAUUUAAUAAAUAUAACAAAACAAAUUAGUUGCUGUCUCAGUAUUUGAUUUUAAUAGUAUGUUGUUAAGAGAGAAUUUUAAGUUUUAAUAAGUGCUGAAAUCAAAUGAAACAAAUGAAACCCUACAAAAUAAGUGAAUUUUAGGAAUCACAGUAAUUAUAUAUAUAUAUAUAUAUAUAUAUAUAUAUAUAUAUAUAUAUAUUAUAUAUACAUUAAUAUAAUUUAUAUAAAUAAAUAUAAAAUAAAACAAAAGAAACACUACAAAAUAAGUGAAUUUUAUAAAUCACAGUAAAUAUAUAUAUAUAUAUAUAUAUAUAUAUAUAUAUAUAUAUACAUAUUAUAUAUACAUUAAUAUAAUUUAUAUAAGUAAAUAUCUUUGUUACGUACCGUUACAUAUUUUUACAAAUUUUAUCUGUUUUAAGGUUCUGGAUCGUAUUUUAAACAACGCUUACUAAAACUAGAGAUAUUAACAAUCUUCAAUUCAAUAAUACUACCAAGUUUAUAUUUUUUUCAAAAUACCGAAACAAAAGCUAUCUUGACUUACAUCCCGGCAAAUAAAAAAGUAUAAUUAGCAAAAUAUAACGCUUUAUACAUACACCCACAAAGAGUACAAUCUUGUAGAACUGAAUCAGUUUCGUAAAUGACUUGGUAAAUUAGCAAACAUCUCUUUUUGCUUGGAAUGAUGUCUGCUUAUGUAUUAAAAGGGUAUUAUAAACAUCCAGACAAAAAUAAUUCUAGAAAUAUUAUCUCAAGAAAGCACUCUUUAUAGCACAAAUUAGAGCGUAAAUAAGUUUUUGCCCAAACAAGACAGGGAAGGGUGUUGUAGAAAUAACUGACGUCACAAAAUCAACAAAUUAAAUGAUGAGAUCGUUAAUAGAACAACAAGUAUGAGACGUGAGGUGCAAUGUCACGAGAUGUGAGGUGCAAUGUCACAACAUGUGAGGUGCAAUGUCACGAGAUCUGAGGUACAACGUCACGGCUCAUGGCGAUCAAUUUAGGUCAACAGACAGGAUCUAAAAAAAUUAUUAAAGGGAAACAAAUGAAAUAAAUGUCAAACUUCAAAAAAAUAUUUUGUAAGCAUUUUAUAUGUAAAAAUGUAAUGAAAAAUCAGUAUCAAAUAUUAGAUAACAAUUUCAUAUUUACAUUUCAAGAUUUCUUCAUUUUCUUCAGUUUAAAAAAAAAAUAUAGUUACUUUAUUCAUAAUAAAAUAUAUUUAAGAAGAGAUUGGUAUUAAAUAUAUUUUUUAAAGAUAAAUUUUAACUUAAUUUUAGGAAAACAGUAGUAUUCACUUACAUUGUUGUGUAAUCCCAAUACAGAUAUGAAUUGUAUACCUAAAAUGUUUAACCAACAUUUUUAAUAUCAAAAUUACUUAUUUCUUUUUUUACAGAACAUUUUUUAAAAGUCAGACAUGCGGAAUAUAGCGCAGAUUUUGAUUCUGAUAACAAAGAUUAUAAGUAAGAAGUUACGUUUUUAAUAGAUUUAAAUUAAAAUUGUUGUAAUAAAAUAUUAUAUUAGUCGGUCAUGACAUCUUUCCCUUGUUCUUAAAAUAAUGGUAAAUAUAAUUAUCAUCCUUUCAAUUUUAUUCUUUCAGCUCUUUUGCAAGGUCAAGGCAUUAAAGUCUUCCAGAUCAGACAAGAAGACUGCGAUACGAAAUGCUCGAAUGAACUACUAAAUGAAAUUGACUCUUUUGCCUUAAAUACGACUGUGUUAUUAACAACUGAGCUGAUGAAUAACUCAGCUGUAAUCUUUGAGAUAAUGCCUAAGACAAACAAAGCAUUUGAUUAUGUACGUUGGAAAAUUUUAAUAUGAGACCUAAUUACUAUAAGUAUAAGAAAAUAUUAUAUAGCUUAAAAAAAGUACAAUAAUGAACUAAGCAAUUAGUUAAAUGUAAUUAGCAUUCAAAGACUGUGAUUUAAAAAAAAAAUAAUAAAAAAAAUAAAACAUACAAUGUAUUUUUGUUAAACCUAAAAUUUUAAUAAGGAUUAAUUUCAAGAAUAUAAGACCAAAUAUGAUAUCAUAGUAUAUUAUUUCAAAGUAAAUAUUAUAAAAAAUUUCAAAAACAUUUAUCGAAACAUCGACUAAGCGACAAUAUCAUUUAAAGAAAUGCACAUGUUUAACAUUUAAAUUUUUAAUCAAUAUGGUGAAUAUUUAGUGCGUUAUAAUAUUUAUGUACAAACUUUGCUUUUCCAAAACAUUUAAAUAUUUAUAAAGGAAUAAUGUUAACAAAAUUAAGGAGAAAUUAUUAAAAGUGCCCAAACAGAUACACCAAAAAAAAAAACAAGAAAAAAAAAAAAACAAAAAUUAAAAAAGAAAAAAAGUAAAAAAAAUAAAGAAAAAAUAAUAAAAAUUCCCAAACAAAAAACCCAAAAAAAAAAACAAAAAAAAAAAAAAAACACUACACAUUUUUUAAAUACCAUCUCAAUAUAACUAUGUAAUUUAAUUUUUAAAAAUAUAAACAUUUUUUACCCAGUUGUUUUCUGUAGAUAUAAAAUCUGACUUCACACAGACUAAAAAGCCUGGAAGCACUUACCACUGUUCUCAGAUCGCUGAUCACAUGUUUAACAUCUCCAUUACGUCAAAAACUUUAACGUCACUAAGCGAAGCGACAAUUCGAGGCCAAAUAAAACACUACAACUUAACUUCAAUAGCCCACUCUGAGCAGAAUUUACCGAAAAUAUGUGGUAUAUGUUUCAUUUAUUCCUUGACAAAAAUCUCAAUGUAUGCAUUAACCGCGAUGCUUUAUCUUCCUUUUACACAUCGAGCAUAAUUGAGUUCACUGACGCAUUUGAAAGGGCAAACGGAACAUUUAAUAUUGACCAUUGAUUUCAUUACUAUUAAUAUUUAAUUAAAAUUAUUGAUUAUUUAUCCAAAAACAAAAGAACGUUUGGUAAUAUCAAUAAAUAUAUAUAUAUAUAUAUAUAUUAAUAUGCAUAUAUUUGAACAAGUAAAAUAUAUGUUUUAGAAAGUAUUCAUUUCUUUUUCAGAACCUACUGAUGUAGUCAGUAUUUUCACAAUAAAUG